CUUCAUUCUUGUUCUUGGUUUAUAUCUCUUGUGUGCGCCUUUCUCUGUACAUACGCACGCAUACACCGACUUCCUCGAUCAUCCUUUUCUCAAGAACGUUUCUGGGUUUUUCUUGUUUUCUUGCAAUCUAUAAAGGGUUUCACUUUGUUUUUUUUUUUUGGGUGUUGUCGAAUCGUAAUUGUCACAAGUCGACGUACGUAUAUACACACAAUAUAUAAAGGGGUUUCCACUUUGUUUUGUAAAGUUGGCAUGGCGGUUGUAGAAGAAGGCAUAGUGGUGAGCCAUGGAGGCGAAGAGCUGGUGGAUUUGCCUCCGGGGUUUAGGUUUCACCCUACGGAUGAAGAGAUCGUCACUCACUACCUGAAAGAGAAGGCCAUCGACAGCAAAUUCACGGCGGCGGCCAUCGGAGAAGCCGAUCUCAACAAGUGUGAGCCGUGGGAUUUGCCGAGUAAAGCAAAGAUGGGUGAGAAGGAAUUCUACUUCUUCUGCCAAAGAGACCGGAAGUAUCCGACGGGGAUAAGGACGAACCGUGCGACCGGGUCAGGGUUUUGGAAGGGGACCGGGAAGGACAAAGAGAUUUACAAAGGCAAAGGUUGUCUUGUUGGGAUGAAGAAAACACUUGUGUUCUAUAGAGGAAGAGCCCCAAGAGGGGAAAAGACCAAUUGGGUGAUGCAUGAAUACAGGCUUGAAGGCAAAUAUGCUUACCACAAUCUCCCCAAUUCCCCAAUGGUCGAAUGGGUUGUGUGUAGAGUUUUCCAUAAGAACACUACAAACCCAAUCAUGAUCAAGAACCCCAUGGAAGAUCUUCCAAGAAUCGAUUCUCUGGAGAACAUCGAUCAUCUCCUGGACUUCUCUUCUCUUCCUCCUCUCAUGGAUCCGAGUUUUCCGUGUCAACCCGGUCCGAGUUUCUCCGGCGGCGACUUCAAACCCGCCAACCGCAAACCGAUCCACAACGACGACGACACCACCUACUACUUCCCCUACCGGUCAAUGCCUGGCCCGGGUCCGGGUUCCGGGUCGGGUUCUACGUUCCACGGACCAAACAACGACAAGGGCAUGAUCAAGUUGGAACAUUCUCUGAACAGUGACGUGGAGGCGACAGAGACGCCGGGGAUCUCGUCAUCGUGUCCGGAGACGAAACACGACGUGACGGCGGCCGCGAUGAUGAACGGUAGCAAGUCUUACGAUGAUCUUGGAGAUUUGGGAAUCUUAUGGGACUACUAAUUGAUUUGUAAUUGUAAAUAAUAGUGCUAUU